GAACUCACAGCACACCGCGCAGCCGAAUCCCUGGACCCGGCACGAUGCCGUCGCCAUGGCAACCCGCACCGGUGCCGUCGGAGCCCAACACCAUGUCCUUGGAGGAGCUGCACCGCUCACGCGUGUUGGUUUGUAUCGACGUGCUGCUCUUCUUUGGAUCGGCACUGGUGUCACUGAAGUUCUGGAUAGACACACAACUGCGGAUACGAGAUUUGCGUCGUGCGAGUCAUGAUCCAAAUUCCCUGGCUUCGCGGCGACUCUUUUUGCAGCUGUUAGCCACGGCGAACGCUUUAAGGGCCCUGGGCCUCAUUUUGGACGCGAAGUUUCAUAGCAUUUUUGGCCAGGACAAGGACGACACUCAGUGGCAGCAUGUCGCAUUGCACAGAUGUUUCGACUAUGUCAUCUCCUCCUUCCCAACCCUGGUUUGGUGCAGCAUGCUGAGUGUCUUACUGCUCCACCUGAUCGAAAUGCAUUUGAGACCUUCGGCUGAACUUGGUGCUUUGCAUUCAGAAUCAUUCAGACAAGCCCAUCCAUUAAAUGCAUUUAAAUGCUAA